CCGUGACGCUCGACGCAACAAAAAAAAAGGAAAGAAAAGGAGGUAUGACUCGUCACCUUUCUCAACCCUCUCUCCUCCCUCUGCUGCUGACACGCCCGGCCGCCGGCCGCCGCUUGUCCGCUCGCUCGCCUGUCGCCGCCGCCGCCUUCCCGUCGCAGCUCGCCCAGCCUCCGUCCAUGGCGACGGCGGAGGCAGGGGACAGACGAGAGCUGCGCAGACACCAGGAUUAGGACCAAGAACCCAGCGAUCUAAGGGGACCAGAGACAUGGCCACCGCCACCGCCGGCGGGGAGAAGGAGCGGGGGCGGGAGGGCCUCGUCGUCUACGUCCUCGCGCUCCCGGCAGCGCUGCCCCUGCCCGUCGCCGUCUCCCGCAUGGACGCCGCCGUCCCGCGCAAGGCGCGCACCUGCCGCCCCCGCGUGAAGCCCUCUGGCUGGUGGGCCUUCAGGCUGCUCGUUCCCCCGCUGGAGGAGGCAAAGAACCCAUCGGAAGAGGCGAGGCUCCCCGUCCUGCCGCCGUCGGCAGCCAAGAACACGAUGGAGGAGGCGAUGCCUCCCCAUUCCCAGCGCCUGCGCGUGCCCCCGCCCCCUGAUCUCGACACCGCCGCGCCGGUCAAGAAGAAGCCGGCGAAGAGGUCAAGGAGGUGCCUGCACUGCGGCUCGGCCGAGACGCCGCAGUGGAGGUCGGGGCCGAUGGGGCGGGGCACGCUCUGCAACGCCUGCGGCGUUCGGCUCAGGGCGGCCGGGGCCCUGCGGGAGUCGGAGCACCGCCCUCCGCCGGCGACGGUGAGGACGGUUGCGGAGCCGCUGUCGCUGGAAAGCGCGUUAUCGGACCCCCCGCCGGACAUCCCGAUCUGGGAGCCCCAUGAGCCACCGCGGGACGUCUACCUGGUGAGGAAGCCAUCGAAGCGGAGGAGGCCUCCGAGGAAGGAAGCCGCACCGGAGCCGGCGAUCUACCUGGUCAAGAAGAAGAAGCUGUUGAAAAAGCCGUGGGCGUGGAGGCCUCGGAACACGGGGAAGAGCUGCCUGCACUGCGGCUCGUCGUCGACGCCGCAGUGGAGGGAGGGGCCGUUGGGUCGCGGCACGCUGUGCAACGCGUGCGGCGUGCGGUACAGGCAAGGGAGGCUACUGCCGGAGUACCGGCCGGUGGGGAGCCCCACCUUCGUCCCGUCGGAGCACGCCAACAGACACCGCGAGGUGCUCCAGCUGCACCGGCAGCGGCAGGACAAGAACCACCACCCUCCGCCACCGAAGCAGCCGCAACCCGUGGACGACAGCCUCCCCGACCCGCGCGUCGGCGGUAACGGCCACUCGGCUGACACGCCAUGGUGCGACGGCGAUGACCUGAUCGACGUGCUCCAGCUGCGCCGGCAGAGGCAGGACAAGGACCAGUACCCGCCAACCCCGCUGCAUCGACCGCUACCGCAACCCGUGGACGACAGCCUCGCCGGCAACCUGCGCGUUGGCGUCAACAGCGACUCGGCCGACGCCCUGGCGGGGUGCGGCGGUGGCAAUGACCUGACCGACAUGCCGAGGUCGCUGGACUCGCUGCUUCUCGACGGGCCGUCGGCGCCACUCAUCGUGGACGGCGACGAGUUCUUGAUCAGCUAGUAGCUAGCCUUAGGAAUAAUCCAGCUGAGAUGAGAGUACUAAUCUUUUUUCAACUUCUUUUUUCGAGACUUCCGUUGUGCGUAUUUAUUUCGCCAUCAAUUUUUUCGUGUAAAAUUUGGCUAA